GGCUUUGUCUCCAGCAGGCGCAAUGAAGUUUGACAACUUUCCCCGUCCCGCUUGCAGGUAAAGGGUUACAGAGGCCAGGGUGGCCUGAAAUGCAAACUUUCCAGGGUUUUCUUUUCCUGGCCGGUCACAUGACGCCGGGGUGCCCAAUGACACCGACGACAGUGGCUCUCGUGCGGAGGUCAGGCACACUCUUCCCAGCCGCCGCCUGCAGAGCCCGCGGGCGAAGCCAGCAACCCCGGGCUUGAGCCAUGGCAGAUCUUCCUCGGCCACCGGCGUCGCUUCCCCAGCAGCGCAGCAGAGGCGCCAGAUGCUACUUUGCAGCCGGAUGUUAAGAUCAUGGUCUUCCAGCUACCUCUGAUUGAUUGGUGUUAACAAAGAAGAAUCCAGAUGGGGUGCAGGUGCUGUAAAAUGAUACAAAGCUACAUCUUUGAGCCCCAAGAAGUUCCCAUGUCAGGAUACAUUAAUGAAAUCAACAACUGCAAAUCUGACAGUCCAGAUGGAGGGAAAUUCAAACGCAACCACAAUGUCGAAAUCCAAGUCCAUAAAAAUGGACUUCAGAAUGCCGAGUCUCAACCAUCCGUGAACAGAAAUAAAUUAAACAACAAUAAGGACGCCAUUCGGAACAACAGGAAUGCAGCUAUUCGUGAGGAGGGACUCUCUAACUGCCUUGAAAAGAGCAACGUUAAUAUCAACGGUGUUCCCUCCCACUCAAAUCUCAAAUCCAAUCACAACACCAACCAAAACAAACACGUCUCCUCAGUUCAGCCGCCCAACUGUUCAGCCAAAAGGCUCUCACAGCCAAAAGAAUGCAACAACACAAACCUAGAAGGAGACCAUCCAAAGCUACCUUUGGCGGCCACAGAAAGCUGCCAGGACAGGCAGUUGCCAACUACAGUAGAAAAUGGCUGCCUUGCUCAAAGUGCCAUGCUGGAGGCCCAAAGUGUGUGCUCACCUGAACCAGACUUCUCAAAAAAUGCCAGUCAACAGACGGUGGUCGGACAUGAUAGUCUGUCAAGCAGCCACACACAUUCAACUCAAAGCACAGCACCCAUAAUUUUAAACAAACACGGGGACCCGGCAUUGUAUGACUCGGGAGAUCAAGCCUGCAGAACCGGAACUUUAAAUGGGUGUCUUGAGGACAAAAUGUUCGGUGAUAACCCGUGGCUGAGGCCCAAGUCAGAAGCCUUCCUGGAAGCCAAAGAGGUGGGCUGUGGAGCAGUUAAUGGAGAAUUUGAAGAAGAGGAUGCAGACGUAGCUGAGGCCCUGGCAGCGCUGGAGGCUGCAACGGCAGGAGAAGAUUUCGACGAGGUGGAAGAGGAAUAUUAGAUCAUAGUGAUGUUCUGUCAAGUGGCUUGUCCAGCAGUUGGUUAAAACACUACCCUCCCCGACUCACCUUUGUCGAUAACCACUGCAGGCCUUUCCUCAAACACCCUUUCGCUGAGGUAAAAAAUGAAUAAUUAGGAAAGCUAAUUUCCAGGGACAGCCACUGCCACCCCAGCACUGCACUUUCUUGCAGACAAGUCUACUGCUUGUACUUCUAAGCACCAUUUUUCUACAUUCUGAGGUGGUUCUUCCUCUCCAGCCAAGACAAACCCUUCUUUGCUCUCGUACCACCGCUGUUUGUAAAGAAUGUAUAUGCAGCCAAGAAUGGUAGCUUAUAUACUGUUUCCCUACACAGAGAGAACUCAGACUAGAACUCUGUUACUGUAGUCACGUCCUUUGUUUCACUAAAAAGAGAGCAAGCAGAGGACUUCCCUUUUGUAACUGAUGACCGAAAGAAACCAGAAUGCUGAAUCUUUAUACUGCCUAGCUUUCAAGCUUCAGGACUGAAUCCAUAUGGCCUUCCAGAUCUUUAUAUACUGUGGGGAAGUCCAGUUUCUCAAAACUAAACGCCAAAAUGGCAGUUUUUAGCCAGCAAUCAGCCAAAACAGCUGUUUGCAGUGCCUUAGAAAAGCUGUCUCUUGUUGACAGUUUUUCACAGCACUGCAUACAUUUUUAAAAGCUUUUUGUGUGGUGUGCAUGUUUCCUGUUUGUUGCCCUCACUUGCCCUCAGUAGUAUCACAUAGCCGAAUUUGAUUAAAUCCAUAGCGGUAUGAUGUCACCUUUUCACUGUGUGAACCCUGAUGGGAUGGAAGAACGAGUGGAAGUAGGUUUGGGUCCAUGGGAGCUGCCAGAGUUGGAAGAAACAAUUGUGCCUAGCAGGACUGGGAAAGAAAUGAAUGUUUGAAUUAUCGAAGGGUUUUGAGGGAAGGGGACACACACCAAAUGUGCUAGCUUCACCCCCCAAGCCCUAAAACUGUGCUCCAGUUUUAUUUUAAUCGAACUUUUUAAAAAAUCAAACCACUUUUAAAAGAAACCGUGAUGUUUCAGCUAUCACCCA